AUGCUUCAAUAUGAUGAGCUUUCCGGCUCCAAUCCUAGGCGAGUUACCACACGGACUCAUGGAGUGCAGACUCACCUCGACCCGGCGAUUAACAGCUACGGCGUUUCAUCUAUCGAGUCUUACUCCUCUUCCAAUGCUGCUUUGCCCGAGCCAGGCACUGGCCCAUUAGCAGCGACCGAGUCUGACUCUUCGCAUGACAAUGCAGUUGGAGCCUCGGAGGUGGACCAAAAGUCUUUACGAUUAGUCUCAGAAGUGAAUCGUCUCAGAGCUCACCUUCUUGAGGUGAAUCACAGUUGGAAGGGGCGACAAUUACAAUUAGUUGGAACAUUUUUCUUAACUCCUGACGGAAUAUAA